AUGCAACCUGCGAAAAAAAAUUUGAAGUUGGUGAAAAAUAAACACACUUUCAAACACACCAUAUUUGCGCCAAGUGAUGACGAACGCGCAAAAUCAGCCACUAACCCAAACUCCAGUCUGCGAUGCGAUGGAAGACGGAGCAGGAAAGUCGUCGCUCACCCUAACAUACGAGCUUUUAUAACACAUGGAGGUGUCUCAAGCUUAAUUGAAGCAGUUUAUUUUGGAGUUCCUGUAGUUGGUCUCCCUUCUUUUGCCGAUCAGGAGAACAAUUUGGCCACUGCUGUCAAAAGAGGAUAUGCGGUUAGUAUUCUUAUGAAGGACAUAACUGAAGAUAGUUUGUAUAAAGCCUUACAAGAAGUUCUAAAUAAACCAAAAUACAAACAAAAUGCUUUAAAAAUGUCAAAAUUAAUGCGCGACCAACCCAUGAAACCCAUUGAUUCUGCUAUCUACUGGAUAGAAUAUGUUAUUCGUCAUCGAGGAGCUCCAUAUCUUAGAUCUGCCAGUCUUGACCUUAAAUGGUACCAGAGGGAAAUGCUCGAUAUUUUUUCUUUUCUUUUGACUCUGGUUUUUGUAAUUUUCUAUUUUAUUCGAAAUUUGUUUGGUCUGAUUAGGAAAAAAAAAUUAACAAAACCAGUAUCAACAGAUAAGAAAGAUAAAUAGUUAAUAAAAGCGUUAUGAAUAAACAAAAUAAUUUCGCUACUUAUUUUGAUCGUUAUUUUAUUAUUUACAGAUAAUAAUAUAA